CUGUUUCUGCCUCCUCUGUUCUUCCACUUGUACUUCUUUUCAUCUUCACAGCACACCAACCUAAUUUUGUUUCUUUCCUUCUGGAGGUGGUGGUGGUGGAAAAGAAGAAGAAGAGUUUCUUUUGUUGUCUCACUGAGUAAAAAAAUCUCCAUUCUUUUCUCUGGUUUUCAUCUGCAAUACAAUCAAUCUGUCAAUUACACAGGAUGCAGAGAUUAGUGAAAAGGGUGGUUACAGGAAGGAAAAAUCUGAAAGAAACCCAACGAUUCUUUUCACAAUCUGCUGUACAAAAGACUGAAGAAGAACAAAAUGAAACCGUUCUUCCAAAAAUGCCCUCUUUCAAUUACAUACCACCACCAUAUACAGGACCAUCAGCUGCUGAGAUCUUGCAGAAACGGAAAGAGUAUCUUAGUCCUUCACUCUUCUCUCUCUACAAAAAAAAGUUGAAUAUUGUGGAUGGGAAGAGGCAAUAUUUGUUUGAUGAAAAUGGCCGAAGAUAUCUUGAUGCAUUUGGUGGGAUAGCAGUUGUAUGUGCUGGACAUUGUCAUCCUGAUGUGGUUGAAGCUAUUGUCAAUCAAGCUAAAAAGAUUCAACAUUCUACUGUUAUGUAUCUCAACAAUUGUAUUUCCGAUUUCGCUGAAGCACUCGCCGCUAAGAUGCCCGGAGAUCUCAAGGUUGUGUUUUUUACUAAUUCAGGAACGGAGGCGAAUGAAUUGGCUAUGAUGAUUGCUAGGUUGUAUAGUGGGUGUCAAGAUAUUAUAUCGAUUAGGAAUGCUUACCAUGGAAAUGCAGCAGGAACCAUGGGAGCUACUGCUCAAAGUAUCUGGAAAUUCAAUGUUGUACAGAGUGGAGUUCAUCAUGCUUUGAACCCAGAUCAGUAUAGAGGUGCUUUUGGUUCAGAUGGAGAAAAGUAUGCGAAAGAUGUACAAGACCUUAUUGAUUAUGGAACUAGUGGUCGUGUUGGUGGUUUCAUUUCUGAAGCUAUACAGGGAGUGGGUGGAAUUAUGGAGUUGGCGCCCGGUUAUUUGCCUGCUGUGUAUAGCAGCAUAAAGAAAGCAGGUGGAGUAACUAUUGCUGAUGAAGUCCAAUGUGGGUUUGCUCGAACUGGUGACUUCUGGGGUUUCGAAGCACAUGGUGUUGUGCCUGAUAUAGUGACGAUGGCAAAGGGUAUUGGAAAUGGUAUUCCUCUUGGUGCAGUGGUGACCACUCCUGAGAUAGCACAGGUCUUGACCCAGCGUAGCUACUUCAACACUUUUGGUGGAAACCCUCUGUGUACUUCAGCUGGACAUGCCGUCUUGAAAGUACUUGAGAAAGAAAAGCUCCAAGAGAACGCACGUGAUGUGGGUUCUUAUAUGAAAAAUCGCCUCCAUGCUCUACAGAACAAAUAUGAAAUUAUUGGGGACGUGAGAGGAAGGGGUUUGAUGCUAGGAGUUGAAUUGGUAACUGAUCGUGACUUGAAGACUCCAGCCAAGGCUGAAACUUUACAUAUAAUGGACCAGAUGAAAGAAAUGGGAGUAUUGAUUGGGAAAGGUGGUUUCCAUGGAAACGUAUUCAGAAUCACACCACCCCUUUGCUUCACAAAGGAAGAUGCAGACUAUCUUGUGGAUGUGAUGGAUAUCAUACUGGCGAAGAUGUGAAACAUGCUGCUGGGCUAAACUUAUGGCUAAAUGAAAUGGCAACAGAAGAAGAAAAGAAGAAAUCUAUAUUAGAAACAUCCAUAGAUAGAUCACCAUAUUUAGAAAUGCAGGUUUCUGUCAAAUGUCAUUUGUCAAUUAUCUAAAAUUAUACUAUGAAAUAAAAAGAAGUUGUAACGUCCCCUGGCAAUGCCGAUGCGUUACUACAGGAGUAGAUGAUGAGACAUCACCUCGUUGUCUCUCACUCUCCGGCUAUUUAUCUCUUGCUUUCCCUAUUUUAGUUUUGUUUCUCCGGUUAUCAGACCUUAAUAUAUGAAUGUUGUUUUAUUCUGUGGA